GGUACUGUUUUUUUCUCCCUCAGUUGCUGUUGAUAUUUGAGAUUUUGUUUCUGCUAGUAGAUCUCUUGUCAUUCAGACUGCAUUUGCUUCAUUGUGAUUGUUACAUUUCACUCACAUAAUUCGUUAAUUUGAUUUCUCUAUAUAUUUUUUUGGCAUAUCAAUCAUCACUUUUAUAUAUGUCUUCACUCCUUACGACCCUCUUCCGCAGAUCUCACUCCAACUACCAUCCCAACUCCUCUUCGGCAUCCAUAUCUACCCCUUCACAAAUGGGUUCAUGCCUUUCCCUGUCCUCAGGUCCCUCUCCAGAAAAUACCACCUUCACAUCGACAGCCUUCGGGCGCUCAGCGUACGUACAAAUUGAAAAACAGGACGAGGUCAAGAGAUCAUUACUGGUAAACGAAGAAGAUUAUUAUUCGGAUGAAGAAGAUGUGGGUUUCAUGGAUGUUCCGCCUAGAAAAUAUAGGUUGAACAGAGGAAAAUUGCAGAUGCAAGAACAUAGGAGGACGGGGAGUAAUGACCCAUCACAGGAUGAUUGUCUUUUGAACAAGGCACUUCCUCCUUCUCCGGAAGAAGGAGACGAGCCGCCUUUCGAAGGUAUGAUCAAAGUGUGGAGUUCAGAAGGAGAGGGAAGAUGGAUGUGGCCAAGGGGAAUGGGAGUUCCGGUGGUGGUCAGUGAUGAUUAUAGGAAGUGGAGAGAACAGAGAGAUGAGAGGGUUGGGGGAUUGAGAUCUUGAUUUAGAUUGGGCCUUGUAGUUCAGGAGUUGUAGAUGGAGACACAAAAGCUCCUUGGUACAUAAGACAUUGAUUGUCCAAUUUGGCUUCAGCGUUUAGAAGGUAGGCUAAUUUUUCACUCUUGGGUUGUUCGGUGUUGUAGUACAUGCAAAUUUUACUUGUUUUAGUUUGGGAUCUAAAGCAUAUAUUGUCAUAUCGUCUUACAUACACCAGUCCACUUUUCUUUAUAGUUUUCGCAUGUUUUGACUUGUCAUAUUCCUGAGUUCUGUUCGCUCGGAAUUACUGGUGUUGAAGAAUGAACGUCACAAUUUUUCAAUUCAUCAAUUUCAGGUGCGAAAAUUACAAAGCCUACCCACAAUUCUCAUUCAUAAUGAAACGCUUGAUUAAAUUACAUCAAUCACUAAAAGCAACUUCUUGGACGAACCGGAGUUGUCAAAUCUAUAGCUUGAUAAGAAAUAUGCUGCAACUGUGCUUAUCUCGCGCAAAAGUUGGCGAGAAGCGAUAUACCAGAAGGAUUAUCCCAAGAAGGAAUCGCGAUCGUAAUCGUGAAGCAUUGAUCUCCAAGUUACAAUCUCUUUGGGCCUCACCCGUACUCCACCAAUCAUCCCAUCAAUUCCUCAGACCACUCCUACUAAGAUACAUCAAAAUGGAAUGAUUCUAGGGUCUACAUACGGAUAGCAGAAUGUCAACGCAGAUCAAGCGCGCGGUAAUAUCGGGUCAAUCAGCACGUGGGUCUCGGGCCGGACUCGACCAAGAGAUACCGGCCAGAUGUGGCUGGUGAUGGACUACAACCGAUUCUUCUCACGGAUUUUCGUAGGGACCCCGAGAACUUAAGGAUGGAAUAAAAUUAGCUUUUUACCUUCAGCA